UUCCUGAGACGCCCUUCGGAGCGUUGUGGGUGGCGGACCAUGGACUGAGCCCUAGUCUGGACGCCAUGUUGUUUGAAGAGGGGGAGAUGAGCAUCGGGGACUGGCUGAGCGUCAUCCACCUGGAGCAGUACACAGAUCACUUCGUCGACAAUCGGUACCGGCGGGUGUCUGACUGCUGGGGCAUUCGCAACGAGGACCUGUCCCGAAUCGGAGUCUUCCUUCCCGGACACCGCAAGCGGAUCCUCUCCGCGCUCAACAAAGCUCGCCAGGAAACCCUGACCCCUGACCCCCCGUACCAGCCGGCCCUGACCCCUGACCCCUCGCCGGAGCCCCCUGAGAAACCCGUCCCCAAGAAGAGGAACGUCUACCUCUGCAGCCAGAUCUCCGACCCCGCUCUCCAGACCCCGUCGGCGAAGCCGCUCCCGCCCAUCCCCCCCAGGCAGUCUCCCGGACGCCCCCCGGAGAGGCUGACCCCUUGGCCCUGCCCAGCGAGGCGCGCCAGCGGGAUCUUCCUCUGCUUCCACCGCGCCAGGAUGCGCCCGCGGUGA